CAUAGGACAACGAUAUCGGCCUAAGCUACAGCGGCUACGGAUGUGACGUGAUGAUUAAUAUUUAUAAUAAAGUUGACGUUCGUUCUAUCCUACCAAGAAAUUGUAGGGUUAAGUCGUUAUUGCCAACUUCCAAGCUACGUUAAUGUUAAAAGUCUGGCACCUGAUUUGGAAAACGUAUCUUCUGAAGUUCUGAGUUCUCUUCUGACUACCCGGUACCCGGUAGUAAAAACAGGAGUGGUACAUUUGCCUACAUAGUCUACCAUCUUCAUCCAUCUAAUGAAGUGAACUAAGCUGCAUUUCCAGAAGUUCUUUAAACACUCUUGAAGGGCAAAGUAGUCCUGACAAUGUCUUGGUUCUCCGGAUUUGGUUCUCCAAAGAGCAAUCUGCCAGCAGUCACACCUCUUCAAGCUCAACGAGCAAAACAGAUUGAAUCACUCAGAACCCUCAAUCCCAAUGUGGUGGAACUAAAACGAGAUGAGGAAUACAGAGUUGGAUUCUCAUGCGGGGCAAAUAAUGUAACAUUCACUAUAUCAUUGCCAGCAGAUUUUCCACAAACGAAGCCAGUCAUUACAGUAGCGCCAUCUAUGAGGCAUGGCUUAGUAGAUGAAUCUAUGCAAGUGGUUAGAUACCUUCCUCUUAUCAAUUUCAAUGUACAAACUGAUUUGGGAAGACUUGUACAGAAUUUGAUUCAAGAUUUUAGUAAAGUUCCAAUGUUUAUCCAGCCGGAUGCAAGUCAACAGAGGACCAUUCCAACAGUGCCACAGUACCAGCAUUUCAGGCCCCAGCCUGGACCUACCCAACAGCAGCUUCCCCCUUUACAACACCCUUUACCACCUCACCAUUCAUUACAACACCAGACACCACAUCAACCAUCACCUCCACACCAUGCCUCAUCACACAUAACUCCACCCCAUCCUAACAUGACCCCGCCCCAAUCCAACAUGAUCCCACCCCAUCCUAACAUGACCCCGCCCCAAUCCAACAUGAUCCCACCCCAUCCUAACAUGACCACACCCCAUAUGAACAUGCCCUCAGCCACACCUCCCAAUCAGUUCACACCUCAGAUGCCCACCCCCCAUCCUCCAUCCAAUCCUUCAUCUUAUCCAUCAUCAUCAUCAGUACCUGUAACCACAUCAUCAUCAUCUACAGCUGUGAUCUCUAUGAAUGGUCUGAAUGUUGAACCCAAUACACCGGUUCCUGGUAUAUCGAGCAGUUUUGGUCUGAGUGAUUUUCAUCGGUACACCAUGCCAGCCAUCCCUCCUUCAUUUGAUGAUUUAUUCAAAGACUACACCCAAGAGCAGCUUCAAGAUCUGAUAGAAGACGAUGAGAAGCUUGAUGAUAUCUUUAGAAUCGUUCCCCAGCUUGCUAAGAUGCAUACAGACAGGACAGAGCUGUAUCAAUCAUGUGAAGAAAUAGCAAAAUUGAACCUUAGUUAUCAGCCUGAGAUUGAAAGACUGAGAAGAGAGUUAGGAGAAACAGUCAUAUUUAGAAAUGAACUUAAAAACAAUUUUGAAUUGAAGUGUCAACAACAACAGAGCUUGAAUGAGCAAUGUUCCCUUUCUCAUCUGAUGGAUAAUAUGAGAGUAUCUGCAGCUGAUGCCGAGCAUCAAUCGGAUGACUUAGCCGAGAGGUUCUUAGAAGAUAAGAUUACUCUAGAUGAAUUCUUAAAGCAGUUCAGUGAACAAAGAAGACUUCUACACAUCCGAAAAGUCAAGGAGGAGAAGCUAAGUCAGCUGAUUCCCAAUCAAGAAAGAUACUGAAUUAAUCCAUCGUAUUUUGCAAUUUUGAAAAAAAAAAUUAAUGUUAUUCUUGAGAAAGAAUUAUUCAUUGAUUGAUUGAAAGCAAUGAACAAGUGUUAUAAGAUGAACAUUUUCCAAAAUAUCCUUAAAAAGUUUUCUCUUGAAAUUAGUUUUGGAAAACAAAGACUGUAUCUCAUUGCAAGGACUAUUUCACAUCGUCAGGUAUUCGUCUGUCCUUUUUGAAAAUGCCAAAUCUAGUCUGCUCUCCAUGUUCCUGGCCACCAUCUGUUGACUUUGCAUUUAUACAACUUUGCAGUUUGUAUUAGCUUUGUCAUUUUCAUUUGUUAAGUACCUUUACUCAAGUUAUAUUCUUAAAUUUAUUCAAGUCAUAUUCUUCAAUAAAUAGAAAGAGACAUUAUGAAUUGGGUGUGGGUUAAGGAUCAGAAGUCUGCAACUCUUCACUGAUUUUGCAAAGUGACCAAACUGAAAUGGAUAUAUAUUUUAAGUAGAUUAUACAACUUCCGAAGAUAAAUGAGAUAGGACAUACCUCAUGGGGGAUUGUAUUGUGAGGAAUCAUGAAUGGGAAGGUGGAUGAUAAACACAGAAGAAAUACAAGCUGGAUGAAGUCUCAGUAUUAGGGCAGAGUCAUUACAAGUAUUUUUUGACAGGAGACUGCCAGUGAUUUUUGGACAGAAACAGGUCAAGAGCUAAACUAAGGAAAUAAUUAGGAAAUUCAGUCCCUAAAGACUAUGAAUAUCAACCACUUUAAUUCCCAUAUUUCCUUAUAUCUAUAUGUUGAAACUUUCACAUGAUACUAUAAUCUAGUUGAAUUGGCAUGGCCAUUUUGUUUCUUCUAUUUGUGACUUAAUAAUUACUCCACAACAGAAUUGCAGCGCAGUAACUGAAAGUCGCAAACAGAACAAAACAGACUCCGGCUUUCUCUAGAUAUGACAACAUGAUAAAGAUUGAUAUAGAUACAUAUGUAGGACAAGAAGACUGUAAUAUGGGAAUAUUUUAGCAGAGAGACAAGUUAGCUGUAUCAAUUAAGACACUAAAAAUGUUGAUAGACCUUUUUGAUAGUUCUAUGAAAUAGAGUAGUGUGAAUAAGCUUAAGAGUUCCUUUGGCACACAGUCAACUAUUUCACCCGUGCACCAUUUUCUGAAUGGUUUUACCUGUCUCUAUUUUGUGGAGCAUAAGUUUUAUUUGAGUUAAUUAAUAUAAUACAAGUAUAAUGUAUUUAAAGGGGAGGACUUGUCAUACAAUAUCUGACUACAUCUUAUUCUGAUGUAAAUACUGUAUAUUGGGAAUAUUCAUAUACCAUAUGUACUUUGGACACAUUUUGAUUUUGCAACAAAUUCAUGAAGGCUUCUAAACUGAGAAUGUAAAAUAUACAAUAUGUCAUAUGUAACAAUUGCACUAAUUUUCAGACUGUGAUUGCACCAGAUAAAGUUGCAGGUAUUAGGUGUAUGUCACUAAGUAUAAUUACAAUACAUACAGGAUUAUUUGACUCGCAUGAUAAUGUGAAUAUACAGUUGUGCUCAAAAGUGAGUGAAAGCUCAAAUGCCAUGACAUAACUAACAAGAUCUGCAAUGAUCUCAUUUGUUAUAUUCCAGGUUUGAAGUCACCUCAGCAUUAUGUUCACUGAGGUGACGUCACACUCUGCUUAUAAGCUGCACAAUCAGGGGGGUGUUUCAUAAAGCUGUUCGUAAGUUAGAGCGACUGGUGAACCAUUCUUACAUGCUAAACCAUCACCAAUGAACAUUUUGGUGUCUACCAUUUACCACAAGAAAGGAUCACCAGUCGUUCUUAAAGUCAUUCUUAUAAACAGCUUUAUGAAACACCCACCAGGUAGUUUGCUUGAUAUAUGUGCUAGUGAAGAUCGCUGCAGCAAGCAGUGUGAGUUACCGGUAUAAAGCCAAUACAGACUAUGAUGGUUAAUCUACAGUAUAACAGAUAUUGCCUUGUCUGUCUAUAUAAUCAACAUUCCAACUUCCCUCCGAAGCUAUGUCCCCCCCCCCCCCCCCCCCAUGAUCACAUUUUCUCUCAGAGCUGUUCGCUAUGGCAAAGUAUAAUCACUUGGGGGAAAAGGCAACUCCAUUUCGGAAAUGAAAUGUUAUAAUCAACCUCUAGGUAGGCAAUAUCUUUAAGGUAUGAAUUUUGGAAGAAAUAGUAAUGAGAGGAUUAAUUUCAAACAUGGAACAGCUAUUAUUCCCUGUUUAUACUUGAUCAAUAUAUAUUUUUUUGUAGUGAUCUGUGAUCUUGGGGUUAUUACUUUGGUGUUUACAAUGUAUUACUAUGAGCUUUUUUUUUUUUUACUUCCAUUAUGCACAUUUUAUAGAAGAUAUUGUGUGACAUUAUCUUUUUAGAUCAUACUAUAUCUAGGAAAAGAGAGUAAUGGAGUUAGCAAUGAAAGCACUUCCUUACAACAUAUGAUGCUUGGUGGUUUAUCAGAAUAGUAUUUUAAAGUUUUGCUUUAUAUGAAGGGGGCAACAUGUUUGGGCACCAUAAUUUGUACUAUUGUACUUAAGUUUAACCAUGCAUUUCUUAAGCUUGCAAUGAUUUUUUUAAAGUUUAUUUUGUUCCUUUAAGAGUAAGUUUACCAACAUUUUUGCUAAAUGUAAAUUUCUAAGGAAAAACCAUGCAAUAUUUAGAUUUAUUUGACUAAUACAACAAUGGUAAGAUUUUGCACAGGAUUCAGGCAUUUCAAUGAAAGAGAAAUCAUUUUGAGGCCUUUACUGGCCACUGGAUAUAAACUGUUAGUGUCUAAUGUACAGAUCGAAAGUGAUACCAGUCUUUUCAAUUACACAAUGCCCAUUAUUAUCACACUUGUUAUUAUUAUCACUCCAUAAAACAUGUCCUGGUUUCUUGUGUUAAGUUAUUGGAAAGUUUGAGAUGUCAGUAUAAGGUUGAACAUCUUAAUUCUUGUAUUGUUAUUGUAUAAUUGGUACUAAUCUUUGAUUUGUUGUAAAAGUGUAGGCUCUAUAACUGUUGUUUUAAAAGUAUCUUUUUCCAACAAUCUGCUGUUUUUGUAAAAAUAUAAAAUUAUAUGUUAAGAUAUAUAUACAGUAUAUGCAAUAAUAUAUUGAUAACAAUGAAAUAAAGCCUAGAUGUACUGUAAAUUAUGCAUUAAUAUAUAUAAUUUCUUACUCACGUGCAUUGAAUGAGCUUUAUUAAACUUAAGAAGUCCAUCACAACAAAACAUUUAUUUGAAUAAAGAGAAAAACAAGCAUAAUGUUGUAAAUCUUAUCAAAAUUGGAUGUAAAAUAUGAAAGGGAGGGAAUUUAAAAAUAUUUCACUUAUUUUCACAAGUUAUAUGGGAAUGAGAGUCAAUGAUAUCACCCACUCACUAUUUUUUUUAUAACAUGAAUACACAGUAUUUCAUUUUUUGCAGAUAUGACUAUUAGGGGACUUUCAUCAAAUCAUAGCUUUAAUGGCAGUGCUACAUAUCUAGGAAUCAAACCUUGUUUCACAUUUCAUAAAGAGGUAAAAAACUACAUUAUAUCCUGUAGUGAAAUAUAAGAGAUAUAGUGAUUAGCUUACAUCGUUGGUUCUCUCAAAUGCAUACUGAUCAGGUUUCCAAUGUUAGGUGAUAUUAAGAGAAACUUACACUGCCAUAAUUGUUUUAUGUUGCAUCCAAUUUAGAUUUUUUUUAACGGUUGAGCUUUUGUAUUGUCAUUUUAUUCAAAUCAAUUUAUUUGGGAGAGGACUUCCUCUUUAAAGUGGAAAGGAAUUCAGAGAUAAGGGAUAGUUGUAAUAAAUAUGUACGGAUAAACGUUUCCAACAUCCAAAUAGUUAGCAUGAUGGUCUGCAUUCAGAAUAUAAACUACCCUAUCAAUAUUUUUUUCAUGAAGUAUACUGGUAGGUGAUAACCCCAUUGAUGAAAGUAAUAUUCAUCUUCAUUCUUCAUUAGUGAAGUUAGUUAACCCCAAUACAAAAUGCACUUCUUCAUGCCGAUUGCAGCUAGAUGUAGACAACAACACUACAAUGUCCGGCAAGCCCAAAGAAACAAGCUUUAUUAAAUAUAUUUUAUUACCUGACUUCACAAUUAAAUAAUUAAAACGUGACAGAAUUUGAACACUGAAUAUGUUCAUUUUCUGGUGGGGUUUACUAACUUUUGAGCACCAAUGUACAUGUGGUAUGUCACAAUGAAAGAAAAAUACAUGUAUAAUGAGUUAAUUAAAGUUUUGAAGAAAAAAAAGAGUCAAUUUAGUUUC